CGGCGAGCGGGGGAAACCUGAGCAGUCCGCCCCGCCCUCGGAACCCGACGCCCCAAAGCCGGGAUUAGGGGCUUGGAGACGGGCACCACGCCCUAGCCAGGUGUUCGGGACUGGGCCAGGUGCGCGGCCGCCCCGCCCGGGCCCCCAAAGCCCUGUGUAACGGCUGAGAGCCGGCAGCCAGGCCGCGGCUGGGGCCCAGGCAGUGCCCUGAGGUCGACCCCACCGCCAGGUGUCUGGCUCCCCCAGGACGGUCUGCGGGGGCCCGGGGCGGGCGGGAAGCAGAUGCAGACACCGGAGCCGCGCUGGGGGACGCGCCUUUCUGGGACAGAUGGCACGGGCCGGCUCCCGCGCUGGGCCGGCCGGGCUGCGCGGCGCCCUCCGCGACGCAGGGGGCGCUGUAGCCGCGCUGUGCUGGGCUCCGCUACGACCCCGCUGACACUGCGCGCGGUUUCGCCAUGGUCUCCUCGUUCGUGCUUCGCGCCCUGUACCGAGCGCGACCCGCUCUCCGUUGUCCGCCAGCCGAUCUGCUAUGGGCCCCACGGCGUGGGCACCGGCUCACUCCCGCGGAUGACGAGCUGUAUCAGCGGACACGUAUCUCUCUGUUGCAACGCGAGUCCUCGCACACUAUGUACGUCGACAGCUAUAGCAGCCGCGGCUUCGUGGUCAACGGAAAUCGCGUGUUUGGGCCCUGCGCGCUUCUCCCGCACUCGGUGGUGCAGUGGAACGUAGGGUCCCACGAGGACAUCACGGAAGAAAGCUUCUCUCUCUUCUGGAUGCUGGAGCCGCGAAUAGAGAUUGUUGUGGUCGGCACUGGAGACCGGACUGAGCGGCUGCAGUCCCAGGUGCUGCGAGCCAUGAGGCAGCGGGGUAUCGCUGUGGAAGUGCAGGACACGCCCAAUGCCUGUGCCACUUUCAACUUCCUGUGUCAUGAAGGCCGAGUGACAGGAGCCGCUCUCAUUCCCCCACCUGGAGGGACAGUGUUCACAUCUCUGGCCCAAGCUGCAGCAUGAAUCCCAGGAACUGACCUGACCCUGGCACCUUUUGCAGACUGCAGGGGUCCCAGUGCUUUCAUUAGCCCCUCCCCGGUGGCACUGUGAUGCUUGUCUUUCUUGCCAGCAAGUUAAUAAUUUAAUGUAUUUCUCCCA